CGUUAUUUUAUUGCUAAAUCACAUAACUUCAAUAUUCAAUCAGUUUUAAAGCGAUAUAUCAAAUUCCCAAAAAAAAAUGUGUGUGCAUAUAGGAGCCUGUGAGACUCCACGUCCACAGUAGUGUUAAGAAAAAUGACGUCCAUACUUUUUAAGAAGGUUAAGAAACACAGCACAGCACAGCGCAGUACAGCGCAGUAUAGCUCGAUGUUGAUUUGUCGCCCUAACCUGGUGGUAUCCAAGCUGAGUAAAGAUGUUAUACAACAGGUGACUGACAUCCUGGUUAAUCCUCUGGAAGAACGUAAGUACGAGAUACUUAAGGAAAGAUUGUUGGUCAUCUAUGAGGAGUCGGAGAACCGCCAGAUUCAUAAGUUCAUCGGGGAGAUGGGAGUUGGGUGAUCAGAAACCCAGCCAUCUGCUCGGAAAGAUGCAAGAUCUGGCCAGGGGUAAGAUUAAUAACGAUACCUUAAGCGUACUAUGGCAGAAUCUGCUACCAGCAGCAGCACGAAGCGUUCUGGCUGCGACAGAGGCUAAAGACCUGGACAGACUAGCCGUAAUUGCGGACAAAGUUAUGGAAAGUAUUAAAUCCCAACCGGUAGCAGAAGUGGCAGCAAAGGAAGCCAUAUCCAAAACUACGUCGAUCGCGGCUGAAAUAGUCAAGAUCAAUGCGAGGUUGGACCAGCUGGACAGGUCCAGACACAGUUGGCGAGGCAGGCGGGGUCGCAGAGGGUUCCGUGGCCGUUCGCGUUCCCGAGAAAGAGAGGACAACAGGUCGAGACGUUCCCCGGAUAGCCCGGACUGCCUCUGCGUACAUCACUUUAGAUAUAGGCAGAGAGCUAAUCGCUGCGAACAGUCGUGCACCUGGAAGAACAAACAGGAAAACUAGUGGAGAUACAGGUAGAACCGGUGGGUACCUGCAUCGACUUAGGGAACCACCGUUUAUGUAUUACAGUUGAGGACAAUAGAAUACGUUAUUUAAUCGACACAGGUGCGAACAUUUCAGUGUUACCUAAAAAUUAUAAAUCCGUGUGUGAUAGUGUAGUGAAUAAUAAAUAUAAACUUUAUACCGCGAAUGGUAGCGAAAUACAGACUUAUGGAACAAAGACCCUAGUGUUAAAGGAGGUCGGCGAAGUCGAACCAGCUAUUCCUAUUAUAAAAACCAUUCAGAUUCACAAAUCAUUUAAUUUUUAAUAAUAUUUUUCAAAGUAUUAUUACAAGUUGCUCUUAUAAUGAAAUACGUUGGUGCUUUGACUUAUCCUUUAUUCCAUUAGGUAUUACAUGUUCUAGUUAGUAGUUACACGUUAUAAGACUCUAGGACUUAAGUAUCGAUCGUAUUGUUCUAGACAUUUCUUUUGGUAUAUGUGUGUGACAUUGACAGAUGACGUACAUAGACUAGAGACUACUUAUAACAGCUCUGAUGAUUAAUAAUGAUUUAGGACUUAGGAUUCCUUCUUUUAAACAAUAGCACAGCGUAAAGGUA